AUAAUCCAUGUAUUGUGUUUUAAUUUGUCCAUAUUUUUAUUGUAUCGAUACAUAAAAAUUUAUCAUCAUACCAAAAUAAACACCAUUAAAAUAUAUAAAUAAUUAAUAGCAACCGUAUUUUUUUACGAGGAUUAAAAGUGUUUGAUGAAUGGCUAAUAUUUUUCUUCAAUUUUAAUGUUGCAUAAUAAUUAAAAGCAAUUAUAUAUAAGAAAAUUUAUUAAAUUACUCUUUUAUCUUAGGUCUUAACCCAUGACAAUAAUAAAAAAAUUUCGUGACUCAUAAAUGCAGCCCAAUAAAAUAUAUGAAUUUAGUUCUAAUUUUAGUAUUUAUUAUUUUAUCUUAUCUUAUCUUUACUUUUAUCUUUGGUAAACAAUGCUCUAUAUAUAUUUAGUUUUACCUUCACAAUUCAAUCGAUCAAUAAUCAAUAAAAAUUUCUUCCUCUUCUCUUCUCUUUUCUUUUUCUAUUCUUUCACAAUUUUAUCAAAAUUUAUUUACGACCGAAGGAGAAAAAGGUUCAAAAUCUCAUUUUAUUUAUUUUGAUCUUAUCAAUCAACUUUCGUUCUCUUUCAAGACAUCGAUUAUAUUAAUCAAGCCAUUGGAUACAUGUAUCUAACAUAGUUGAACAAUGGCCAAGUAUAAUUUUCUUCUUUUCUUAUUCGCCUAUUUCAUCAUGAAAUCCUUAGUAAGUAGUGCUGAUGAUGCUGUUAGGAAUCUUCACAUUGUAUACAUGAGAUCACUCCCAAAGCAUAAUUAUUCUCCAAUAUCUCACCAUCUUAGUAUGCUGCAACAAAUUACUAAUGAUAACGAUGCAACAAAUCACAUGGUUAGAAGUUAUUAUAAGAGCUUUAAUGGUUUUGCUGCAAUGAUCACUAACCAAGAAAGAGAGAAGCUGAAAAAGAUGGAAGGAGUGGUUUCUGUUUUUCCAAGCGAAUCACUCAAACCACAAACUACAAGGUCUUGGGACUUCAUGGGGUUCAAAGAAUCGAUACAGAGAAACAAAACUGCUGAGAGUGAUGUUAUAAUCGGAGUUAUAGACACCGGAAUCUGGCCGGAGUCAGAGAGCUUCAAUGAUCGUGGUUUCGGUCCAAUUCCCAAAAAGUGGAAAGGCGCAUGCAAAGGUGGUGAAAACUUCAGAUGCAACAAUAAAAUAAUCGGUGCAAGAUACUAUCUAAAAGAUCAAACUUCAGCAAGAGACUUUGUUGGGCAUGGAACUCACACAGCAUCAAUUGCAGCAGGGAAUAAAGUUGUGGGAGCAAGCUUCAAUGGAAUCGCCGAAGGAGUUGCAAGAGGAGGUGUCCCAUCAGCAAGAAUUGCUGCUUAUAGUGUGUGUAGUGAACGAGAUCAGUGCAGAGCUGAUGCCAUAUUGGCUGCUUUUGAUGAUGCCAUUGCCGAUGGUGUGGAUCUUAUCACAAUUUCACUUGGGCUCCAGGAGCAAAUAACCUUUGAUAAUGACAUCAUAGCAAUUGGAUCUUUUCAAGCAAUGAAAAAAGGGAUCCUCACCAUAAACUCUGCAGGUAACGAUGGUCCUAACAAUACAACAUCUAGUGUAUCACCUUGGUUGUUCACUGUUGCAGCUACCACUAUGGAUAGUAGAAACACUGAUAACGUUUUGCUUGGCAAUGGAUUAAUGCCUUCGGGGAAGUCAAUAAAUGGGUAUGCAUCAAAUAGUGCUGAAAUACUGAGUAGCACAGGCUUCAUAAACAAUAGUGCUCCAAUUGUUGCUGAAUUCUCUUCUGGAGGACCCAAUAUGCAAAUCAGAGAAAUUAUGAAGCCAGACAUUAGUGCUCCUGGUUUAGAAAUUUUGGCUGCUUACUCACCUCUUGCACCACCUUCUCAUGACAAAAGAGAGAAAAGAUCAGUGAAAUACAACAUACUCUCUGGAACCUCAAUGUCGUGCCCCCAUGUUGCUGGUGCAGCUGCAUAUGUUAAGACUUCUCAUCCUGAUUGGUCUCCGGCAGCUAUAAAGUCUUCUCUUAUGACCACUGCAAAACCAAUGAAUGGAAGUGAACUCGCAGAAUUCUCCUAUGGAUCAGGGUUUUUGGACCCAGUUAGGGCCAUAAAUCCUGGUCUAGUUUUUGAUGUUUCCAAAAAGGACUAUGUGAAGUUGCUUUGCAGAAUUGGGUAUAAUACAAUGGAAGUUCGAAAAAUCUCAGGAGACAAAAGUGUUUGCCCUUCAUCAUCGUUUCAUCAUCGUCUGCCCAUGGCAAAAGAUUUUAAUUAUCCUGCAAUUGCGGCUGAGAUUGAACCAAGGAAACCAUUUAAGAUUAAUUUCACAAGAACAGUUACAAAUGUUGGAUUCGCUAACUCUGCCUAUAAGGCUUACAUCCAACAACAUUCUGGCAUCAACAUCACUAUUGUGCCUAACGUACUCGAGUUUAAAUCUCUCAAGGAGAAACAAUCUUUUGUUGUUCAUGUUGAUGGAGGGAAAUUUAGUGACAAAAGUGUAGUUUCAUCAUCACUAUUGUGGAGCGAUGGAACACAUAGUGUAAGGUGUCCAAUUAUUUUACGUGUUAUAAAAAAGGAAAAUGCUACUUGUAAAAUAAGAUUUAGUCUAAGAUCAGUCUUUAGCUGUUCAUAUAAGUAACACAAUUUCAUUAAAAAGGGUCUUGUUCCAUGUACAAAAAUAAUAGUCAAUACUAGCCAAGUAAUUGCUAAUUGUAGUCAGUGACAAACAAAUUUAUUUCUAACCAAAUUUCCCUUUCCGUUUUUUUCUCUCA